UACGUAUUACAAAUCCUAUGAAGCUUACAAAAUUUUCGUUUGUAAAUAUUUGAAUGCGAGUGAGAGAAAUUAUAAUUGUUGUGAGCCAUCGCAAUUGCUCCUAAAAUCAAAAGAAAUAAAUGUUGGACCUUGACUACUGCCUCUUGUAUAUUAAGUCGAAAUUUUUGCUCGCGCACGCUGCUGCAGAACCGCAAGGAGAGGAUGUCAGCGACAAGGAUAAUAGCGUCAGAAGUAAGGAGCAGAGAGGCAAGCGCAUAGGAUUGGGUAUGACGGCUGAAGGCUACUUAAAGAGUGCCGUGAAUGAGCUGACGCGGGGCAACUAUGAGGUGUCAAUGGGCAUCAUCAACAAGGGCAUGGAUGCAUGUCAGGAGGAGCAGCAAGUGAUGGCGCUGUUGGAGCUAAAGAGCAUCAUCGCUCGACUGCGUCUCCAGUGCAAUACGGCGCAGAAGCUGCUUUUGCUGGGGCCCACAAGCAAAUCGAAUGCUUUGCCAAAUACCUUCAGUCUGGAAAUGCUGGAUGUGGUGCAGAAGGUGCUGCGAUGUCGCAAUCAUUACGAGAUGCUGCGCAUCUCUCAUCAUGCUAGCUACUCGGAGGUGAAACGGGCGUACAAGCGAUUGGCUUUAAGACUCCAUCCAGAUAAGAAUCGUUCGCCUGGUGCGGCAGAAGCUUUCCGUAGAAUAAACGAGGCGGCGGAUACGCUAACCGAUCAACAGAAGCGCAUUGCGUAUAAUAUGUUAACGGCAGUGGGAGAUUGCUUCGGCAGGCAGCAGGAGCAGUCGGAACAGGAAAUAGAGACGGAGUUACAGACGGAAUCGGAGCACCAGCCUAGUCGCGUCUAUCAGCCUGCCAAUCAGCGUCAGCCCCAACGCCAAGCGCUUUACCAGACUGAACAGCUCAUAAUUGGACUUACAGCGGCGGUCAUUUUUAUACUAAUAACGGUCCAAUAUCUAACUGCCUCGUCUGUCUAUAGUCUAACGCCUAGCAGCACACAUAAUGUGCGUUUGAUUAGUCAAACUCGCCGUGUGCCUUACUUUGUGGAACCAGAGUUUCUAGAGCAGCAAACAUCUGAGCAACUGCGUCAGCUGGAGCACGAAAUUGAGCAGCUUUAUUUAACGGACUUGCGCCAAAGCUGCAAGCAGGAGCGCAAAAUUCGUGACAAUUUGCUGCAACGCGCCCGUCUUACAAAUAAUAUCAAUUUACGUGAUCAUGCACUGAAAAUGCCAAUGAUUGCUUGUCACGCCUUCGAUAAACUAGAUGAACUAUAAGAUCAGCAUGCAUCUGAAGUUUUCUCUUAUUGAGCGAGAGAGUACCGGAAAUAUCCCCAAGAUCAUGUGCAUAUUAUUUAUUUAUUUAUAGAGUAUAUAGGUGUACAAUUAA